AUGACCUCGCCAGGACCACCGAGUCCCCCGCAGGUGCACCAGAACCACCCGGGCCUUGGAGGCUGCCGUCAACGGCCAGGUCCACCUCAGCUCUCUGCCUCCCACGUCGGCCUGUCCACGUCUUCCUACUUCGGCCGUGAUGAGGUGGCUCUGAAGGACUUUGCCGAGUACUUCCUUCUCCAGUCUCCUGAGGAGUGGAACCUGCCCAGAAAGCUGCAGAACCGACCAGGUGGCCGGAUCCUCCUUCAGGAGGUCGAGAAGCCAGACCUGCCGCCAGGGAGAGGGGCUCGUGCAGCAGAACGUGCUGUGCACUUGGAGAAGAGCGUGAAGCAGUCACUCCUGGCACUGCAUCAACUGGUCGCUAACAAAAGGGACCCCCGCUUGUGUGACUUCAUUCAUUACCUGAAUGAGCAGGUGAGAUCCACCGAAGGACCGGGUGGCCGGUAA